AUGGCUCAUGAAGCAAACAGAAGGAUUCAACACCAACAACAGCACAUUUCAUCUCAAUUUCCAAUAGCUAUGCCUGGCUUACAAGAACAGCAUCAAUUUAUUCUGUCUAAUGGUCACAACAACAACAAUAACAACGUCCAUGGACAUGGACAUGUAAAUAAUAUUGAUAAUCAGCCUACUUCUUCGUCACCAACAACACCACAACAUUUGCGUUACAGUUCAAACACAAGCAACGUUCGAACAAGCAUGCGCAAGGCGGCUUUCAAUAAUAUGAGAACACCAACCCCAUCUGCUUACGAUAUUCCAUCCAGUCCUCAAGUGAAUCACAAGUCCACUGUUAAUGCCGCUAAUCAUUUGGCACAUCAAAACCAUUCCGAUCUGUCUGAUAGUAACCCUGUUUUGGACCAGGUUACUGCGCAUGAUAUCGAAACUAGUACAAACCCCCGUCCACAAACACUAAGGCAGAAGUUGGCACAACAACCUUUGAGUAGUAAUCAAGCGUCUGAAACUCAAGAUAUGAAGUAUUUGGGACAGCAACAACAGCAGCAGCAACAAUCACCAAGGCGCCAACCGCAACCGCAACAACAGCAACAGCAACAGCAACAACAGCAACAGCAACAGCAACAACAGCAACAGCAACAGCAACAACAGCAGCAGCAGCAGCAAAGAGCAAUGUCAGACGAGGAACAACAAUUGGCAACAAAGUUAAAAGAGACUUACAAAAACAUUGUCAACUACGAGGAAGUGGUGCAGAAAAAUUGCAUUGAAAUCACCAUCAAAAUUAAUCAACUCACAGCUAGCACAAACCCCAGCAUGGUUUAUGGGAACCAGCUUGCAAACCAGAAUCUUUCCAGCUCAUUAAACUCCAACUCAUCGCUCAAUUUCAACCCCACUCGAACUUCUGAAUUGCUGAAUGACCUUUGGACAGUUUACCACCACAACAUGACAUUAUUGGACAAUUAUUAUGACUUUUUGGUGACAUCCCUAAAACCUUCUUCUAAUCAAACCCAAUUCAAAACUGGCAAAAACAUUGUUGAGUUGUACAAGAUUCCUAGAAGAAUGUGGGUGUAUGGAAUUGUUGGAUUCUUGGAAGUUUUAAAGAAUAUAAUGGGCAUUUUUCAAGAUCAUGAAAUAUGUGCAUGCUUUAUCUCGCAUUGCUUCAAUAUAAUAUCAAACUUGACUGACCCUAUUUUGGAGAUGGAAGGAUGGUGGGCAGAGAAAUUGGGCGAUUUGUCAAGAAUGGCCAUAGCUUUGUAUUCAUCCAAAUUCAUUGAUUGGAAGAUUAGUGCAGAGUAUUGGUAUGCUAUUUCAAUGAAGACACUUUAUGGCCAUGGGAAAAUUCAUUAUCACAUGUGCACUGUACAACAAGAUAACUUGGAUGCGUUGGUGAAUAUAAGCAAGUCAGUAACAUGUCGUGACCCCUUUGUGCCAACACAGCACUAUUUGAGAUUGGUUGUGGAAAACAUUUGCACUCAAAGAAACAUUCUUUCGUUGUUGGAGCUUCCAAUCAUCGACUUUAUCAAGAUACACAAGGUGUUACUAAGCAUAUAUAAUGGACGUAAUAGCGAGGGAACUUCGGUUGAAAAUAUUCAUGACUCGCAAUUGCAGUAUGGUAUCGAUUUGGUGACAAGAUAUGGAUUGACGUUUGGUUCUGACUCCAAUGGGUACAACUUUUUCACUAGAGAGAUUUACAGCUCAGGCAGCAUGACAAUUAACGAUCCACAAAGUCAUCAUCCUCUGUACUUCCAAAAGUUGCCACCUCAACAUCCUCUGCAUAUACCUACUCAAAUACCACCUCAGGCACCACUUCAAACGGCACCAUCAGCUACAAAUACUUUGGAAAAGAUGAAUUUUUGGUUCAAUAAAGGAUCACUUUUUGCAAUUUCAAAUAUCAAUCAUUUGAUUGGAUUUGGCGAUGCAAAAAACCCAUUUGCUAAACUUUUUGAAUUACCAGAAGCCUUGAAGGAAAGAAAAGACAAGAAGGAUAGAAAGAGGAAAUCUAGAAGUGUAUCUCAAUCCGAAGAAAUGAUGCCAACUAAUUCGGACAGCGGAAAUAAUACUGCCAAUACCAGUAGUGCACCAAGUGCCGGUCUCAGUGGUGGUGGUGGUGGUGGUGUUGAUGGACAGUCGGUGGUUGCUGCACACUUGCACAACUAUGAUUGGUUCUACAGCUUGGAGUUUAUCAACAAGUCGGUGUUGGAAUUGUCAAUGAGAAUAUUGAAUCACUACCUUGUCGGACCAAAGCAAGCAUCAACGGGACACGUUAUUGUUUGGUUAUAUUUUUUGAUAUGUGUUGGGGAAGGAGUUAAAAAAUAUCCAGUUUCACAACCCAUGUUUAACUGGUUGUUCAAAAACUUAUUCCCGUGGGAAUCAUUCAUCAAUUAUUUGAACUCAUUGUUGAUGUUUGUGAAAAACAGUCCCAAGUUGUGCUCGUUGUACACUCAGUAUUUGCAAGUGCCAUAUAUUGCAUGGUUUUGUGAAAAUGAGUUUCUUCCCGAGGUUUGGAAAUGUUGGGGAACAUUGUGGUUUGACUUUAUUUGUGAAAAAGGUGAUUACGUUGACGUUGAGGAAGCCGGGAUCAAGAAUAACAACUUGUUUGAUUUGCCAGUUAGUGGAACUUUCCCUGUAUUGAACAUGCCAAGUGAUUCAUUUGAUCAGAAAUCUAGAAAUCAAAUGGCGAAUGAUAAUGAUGAGCGGAUAGUUCGUAUUAUAUUAUUGGCAAGAACAUUGGCGGAUGAAUACAGCUUUGGUUUGGUUAGAACAAGCACCGAUUUCAAGUUUGAUGAACAUGUAUAUAAUAACCCCACAACUGAUCCUUUUGCUGAGCAGUUUAUCAAUGAUGAUCGAUUCACCACCAACAAUUUCUGCCAACCGAUUUCGCCGGAAAACUUGACUAAUGAAACGCAGAAUCUCACCUCUUUACAAAAGGAUGAGAUGUGGUUUAGUGGAUUGGAUAGUCAUCUUUACGAAGAUGAGAAUUUGGAAUUGGAGGAUGAUAUCAUUGAUGAGGAUGAAGAUGAAGAAGGAGAGGUGGAUGAUGAUGAUGAAGAAGACGACGACGACGACGGAGACGACCAUGAAGAUGACAUCAUUGGGGACGAAGAGGAUGUUCGUUAUGACGAUGAACACGAUUUGGAAAAGAAUUAUCAUGGCCUUUCGAAUCAAGGCUUUAAUCAGUCCAGUGGUGGUGGAGAGAUGUUUUACAAUGAUGCAUUCAUUGGCACACAAACGGAUCCAUUGAGUUUGGGUUCUUUGAACAACAAUGAUGAUAUUGAAGGGAAUUUCGGCGAUAAGAUUGAUAGUAAUAUCACGUAUGUGACCUUGGACACCAACAUUUGGCUCAAACAUUGUGGGCGUGUUUUCAAAUGUGUACGAAAUGGGGUUUUGAAAAUCACUAUUCCAUUGAUUGUUUUCCAGGAGUUGCGAGCAUUGCGGAAAUCAGCUGAGGCUACAAUUGCUGAUGUAGCAACGAGGUCGGUGAUUAUCAUUCGAGAACUUUAUCUCACUCGCGAAGUUGUUCCAUUAAGAUUUGAUGGAACUGUUGCUUCUGACAUUAAUGAAACUAUUGAGUUUGAGAAUAAUUCUAAUUGGCGUUCAAAUGUGGACGAAACGAUUUUGCAUGCGGUGAAUGAGCAUGAUGAGAUGGGUAAACGGUUGAUGAAAGGACUCAACAUGAAACUAUCCUCGUACACGAGGUUAUCACCAGAGGUGAAUGACGCGUCGUAUCAGUAUCAUGCAAGUAGUCAGCAACAGCAACAGCAGCAGCAGCAGCAGCAGCAGCAAUCACAACAAGAACGCUACGAAGAAUACACCCCAGAAGAUGAUCGUCAUCACAGCAACAACAUCAACUAUCGCAUGGCAUUUGGAAUUAAGCACCAUCCUAAUCCCUCUUCCUACUUUAACAAAAAGGAGGCUCCCAUCUUGAAUUCUCGAAUGGCCAAGCUAUUCAAGUACUGCAUCUUGAUCACUGAUGAUCGUAACAUGAGAUUACGAGCAAAGACAAUAGGGUUGACCUCGUUUCAGAGUAAAUGGUUGUUUGGCCAAUUAGAAACGGUGUUUGCGGAUAGAUGUAUAGAUUAG